UAUCUUUUAGUCUAAUUUUUCUGAUAAAAGAAUUCCACACUUUGUAUUCAUUGGUAACGAUUGUAUCAAGUUUUACAAGUAUAAAAUUGGCAAGAGUAUCGCAGUAAAAGCACGCGUUCUCCACAUUGCCGAAAUAGGUUAUCUUUCUACGCCUUCACCUCGUGCUUUCGGCCCACCGGACAGCCAGUUUUCACUGCUGGUGUAUCGUACGAGGGAAAAGAGACAUUUUCGUUUCACACAAAAUCCGAAAUUAUUUUUCCCGUUUAUUACUGCGUGGGUGAAAGGACAAGAAAUCAAGGUCGAUGUACUGCGCUACGUUAUAGCCAAAUCGACAGGCAAAGAGAAAGAGAGGCACGCUCUCUUGUCGUUUGAAUAACUAUUUUUUUUUUAAUGCGAUGCGUGAACGGUAAGCUAUAAAAAUAUAACAGAUUUUUCGGUGUACAGCCGAGAGAACGUAACAAACAAAGCGGAAAAGGAUGACAGUACAUUCAGGACAGAUUCAAAUCGACGCGUGUAACGUGAAACAUAUUUUCUCGGGUGUGAUGUUUAGGUUAUCUCGUCGAAUCCCCAUCAAGAUCGGAAGACGAUGAGAUACCAUGGAUAUUACCCGUGACAGACUUUUUGUUUUCACGUUCGUACUACCAUUUGGAUGGAUGUAUAUUUUCUUUCUUACGAAUUUUGUCCAGGCAACGGAUGAAACAUGUGUUUAUUACGAUGAAGGCAGCGUGCACGAUUUGAAGGUUAAGUCGCUCUAACGAAAGCAUUCUCUAUAUCCGUUGUUACAAUUAUUGUUGCUCAAAUCUCUGUUUAACGAUUCUUUUUGUAAACGGAACAGACCGCCUCUGUUUGGUUUCCGCUGUAUCUUCAAAUAAAAAGGAGAAAAAUUUUUGCGGCACGACGGGUUCGAAAUUUGAAUUUAACGGUUGAAAAUGUAGAAGAGGAAGAAGAAAAAAAAAAAUAAUAAUAAAAGGAAGCAAUAGAAGAGUGAAACUAUCAAGUGUGAAUUUGCCGAAUUUGCGGAAAUUAAUGAGAUACAGCAUAUGAUGUUCAAAUACUGAUGAUUGAGAUGUUACCGAAUUUUCUUCAUUACUUUAAUUUGUAUAAAGUAAAGUUUGUUAAACGACAUUUUAUAAAUUUAAGACUAUUUUAUUUAUUAUGAUACGCGUGUUAAAGAAAAAAAAUAUAUAUAUCUGUUCAAACUAAGGACUGUAAAUUUAAUUUUUCAAAAAAAAAAAAGAAAAAAAAAAUAGUGCUGUUAAUAUAUAAGGUGCAACUGUAUAUUAUUUAUUUAACAAUAUUGAUCACUUAUAUUUAUUUGAAAAUAAUACAAACAUUGAAACGUUUUUUGAGGUGAAGAAUCGUGCUUUCUUCUGUAAUUUUAUUACUUUUUACUUUUCUAAGAUAAACAUGAGUUUUUUUAUAAACAAUAUUUUAUUUUAUAAUAAAUAAAAUCCCCAACGUAUUUUGAAGCUAAAUUUUUUCAUGUAUUUUAUAACUGAAACAAUGCUCUUGUAAACCUUAGUAUCUCAUUAUGUUUACAUCAAAAGUGAUGUCCUUUAAACUUAAGGAGAAAUCAUGACAAAUAGAAAAAAUACCUAUAAAUUGUGAUGUAGUAUAUUUUAAAUACAGUAUUUGCGCUAUUUCUCUCAUGUGCAAGACAUUGGUUAACAAUUCACAAGCAUCCUUAAGAAAAUUAUAGAAACUUAGGAUCACCUUAGAAAUUAAAAUUUAAUUUAUUUAAAAGUAUGGAUACAACAGUCUGUGAAAUCAUAUCUCCAGAGCCAGCACAAAUUAUGAUUUCAGAAUUAAAAGAACUUAUCAUAUACUUCUCAAAACACACUUAUAGAGCGACAGUAGCAGACAACGUGAGUCAAGAUAUCAUCCAAAAAUGUCUGAGUCUCAUUGAUGUAGAUUAUAAAUAUUCUAUCAUAUAUAAUAAUACAGGUGAUAUCUGUUCACACUAUCCUACCCAUCUUAUCAUUUUAGAGGAGGAGAAAAUCGACAAAUAUAGGGAUGCAGAAGUUAUUGAUGUCCCGCUGUCACUAUCAUGCACAGAAGAUGUAACGGAUAAAUUUGCAAACAUAAAUAAACUGAAGGAUUUGAUCAAAAAGGCUAACGCUGCCAGAUGUCGUUCAAGAUUUCCACUGCCGGUAAUAAUGUAUAAAGGUAGACAUAUAUGCAGAUCAGCAACUUUAUCUGGUGGAGCAGAAAUUUAUACUAAACGUGGGCUAGAUUAUUUCUUAUCUACUAGCGAAGAUAUUAGCGAACAAGUAGAUGAAACUGAGGAGAAAGUAGAUGAAACUAAGCAAGAAAUAGAUGAAACUGAGCUUUCUGAGAGUAGUUCUCAACCUAGUCAGUGGAACUUGUUUGAUAAAGUUAGAAACAAGGACAUCAAACUUCUGAAAACUUUUAAUGUAGGAAUUAUUAUUGAUUUUAUGGUUGAGAAGAAGAAGGUCAAGUAUGGAUUUCAUGUGUCAUCCUCGGAGAAAGUAGACAAAUUCGGUAGAUAUUCCGACUUCUCCAUAAUUUCACUGCCGUACCCUGGAUGUGAAUUCUUUAAAGGAUUUAGAGAGAAUGACUACGUCGGCGACAAUCUGAUAUUUGAUUGGUCUCAGGCCUGGGUAGACGCGGAAAUCAAUGUGCCAGAAGAUAGAAUUUCUUCUCAGUUACAAAUCGAUUGGGAUCAGUAUCAACAAUGGGAUAUACUCGUAUUAACUCAAAAUUAUUUAAAACUUAUAUUAAGGUAUUUGAGCCAGAGUAGUAACGGAAUGUUAAUUCAUUGUAUCUCGGGAUGGGAUCGUACACCUUUAUUUAUUUCAUUGUUAAGACUCAGCUUGUGGGCUGACAAUGUAAUUCACAAAUCAUUGAACCCGUACCAGAUGCUUUACUAUACCAUUGCAUAUGAUUGGAUGUUGUUUGGCCAUGAUUUACAGGAUCGACUAAGCAAAGGAGAAGAAAUAUUCUUCUUUUGCUUUUAUUUUUUAAAAUACAUUUGUGAUGAAGACUUUAGCAUCAAGCAAGACUUUUACCAGUGUGACAGCAAGUCUGAUGAUGACGAGAUAAAGCACCCCAUAUUUGAUAUGGAACCGGUGACAGAGGACCCAAGUAUUAGUGCGAGUGGUUCUGAUAGUAACAAAAAUAGCAGAGCUAGCAGAGAUAGUAAAGAUAGCCAAAAUAAAUAUUCAUCAGCGGACAUAAUUUCGACUAAUUCACCCCCAAAAACUGAAGAAUUUGGUGAUAGCAUUAAGCAUGAUUUGGAGUUCGAAACCAUAUUUCCUAUGGAACUGGAGACAGAGGACCAAAGUCCUUUUCUGAAACUUAUUAAUAGUAACAAAAAUAGCAGAGAUGACCAAGAUGAACCACUACCGAAAAUGGUUUGGACUUGGAAUAUUUCCCCUUCAAAAUUAAAAGACUUCAGUUUUACAAAGCCGCCAUCAUUGUCGUCUUCUCUGUUCGAAGAAGAAAUUACUCACGAAUUAGUUGUAUCACAUGAUCAGACUCCUCCCGUCGUGGUACCUGGAAGUCGACAACGAACCAAAUCCACCACGUCUGCUGGCUCAUGGGAGGUAGUUACCGAAACCGGAAGUUUAACCGAUUCUGCGACUACUACUGGACAACCGCUUAUAGAACAACCGACAAUUGAGCCCUCUAUUUCGACCAGAAAGCUUAAAGAGAGAGAGUCAGUGACACACAACCGCAAAGACAGGUUAUGUUUUUUAAGAAAUACAUUUUACACCGUUUAUAGUCAGAUUGGAUUUCAAAUGAAAGAAAAUUCCACACCAGGUAAUCUUAAGCAGAUGUUUCAAACCUUUACUGGAAUGUUUUCGUCAGAAAGCACAACCUUAUGACUAUAAUAUUAUUAAUUUCUCCUCUCUCUCCUUUUCCUUUCUUCCUAUCUUCCCCAAUUAUGAAUUUAUUAUUAUCAAUUCUUUGACUCAGUUUAGGAUUUUAUAAAGUGCUAUACAAUAAAAAUAAAACAAUUGUACAUUGUCA